CCACGCCAUUGCUGCCCUCUCUUCUCUUCUCUUCUCUUCCUCCUCCUUCACUUCCUCCCUCUGUUCUUCUCAGAAUUUUCCUUGUGAAUUUCCUGCCGGUUUCCGACUUUUUAUGUGUUCCUUGUACUGAGACGUAGACGAGGGGGGAGAAGAGAGUGAUUGGCGAGCGGUGGGAGAAGGAAGACGAGACGGCUGCGGCGGCCGACGGCCAUUUUUGAUGCGUGGCUCCGUCGAGGUCCACGCGAUUGGCAGAGACGUCGCGUUGCCGAGCCCCCUGAGACUCAGAUCCCCUCCGGCAUUGGACAUGAUGAGGUACCAAAGGCUCAGCCCGGACUGCCUCCCGCUCGGCAACGGCGGCGGCGCCGUUGCCCGGAAACCUGCGUCGAGAUCCUCCUUCAAGGACGACGACGCCCCGGCCGUGGCCACGGACGGCUCACGCCUCGCCUCCUACCUCGCGGCCUCCCCGCUCGAGUCCAAGCCGCUUCGCGCACGCGCGCCGCCGCCUCUCGCAUCGGCCGGCCGGAGCCCGGCGCGCGACCACGCGCACCACCACCCCUCCGACUCCUCCGACACUGCCUCCCCGAGCUCGACUGGCGCGAGCGGCGGCGGCGGCGGCGGCGGCGGCGACGUGCUGCUGCAGUGGGGGCACAACAAGCGGUCGCGCUGCCGGCGCGACUCGGCCGCCGCAGCGCCGUCAGCGCAGCGCCGGCAGCCCGGUGUCGGCGUGAAGAUCCAACGGCGCGCGUCAGCGCCGGCAGAGAAGCUCAUGCCGCCGCCGCCGCUCGCCGCCGGGUCGUACACGCGGGGGUCCAACCUGAGAUCCGCCUCCUCCUUCCCGUCCCGGGCCUCGGCAUCCGGAGACGCUCGCCACGGCAGCCACCACCCGCCCCACCACCGCAGGUCCGUCGAGGAGCGAUCGGGCGGCGGGCAGAAGCGGUCGUCGCCGGACAAGGCGCACAAGUCCGCCAUGGACGCCAUACUGCACAUGGAGUCCAAGAACCACCACCACCACCACGACUCGCCGUUGACCGCCAACGGCGCUGUCGCCGGCGAGAAGCUGGGCGUGGAGCGGUUCGAGCUGCCGCGGAUCUACAUCUCGCUGUCGCGCAAGGAGAAGGAGGACGACUUCUUGGCCAUGAAGGGCACCAAGCUGCCCCAGCGGCCCAAGAAGAGGGCCAAGCUUGUGGACAAGACCCUCCAAUAUGUCUUCCCUGGGAUGUGGCUGUCAGAUUUGACGAAAGGCCGGUAUGAGGUCCGGGAGAAGAAAUGCGUGAAGAAGAAGCGAAGAGGGCUGAAAGGGAUGGAGAGCAUGGACAGCGACUCAGAGUGACGGUCAAGUGAGACGGCAAAAGUAGCAAUAAGAUGGAGAUGCGGUCAUGGGUGAAGAGGAAGAAGAAAGACCAGCAGCUAUCCAACGGGAGAGGGCGGCCAGAAGCGGUUGUAUUUUUGGGGUGAAAGGUUUCCCGUUGCGUUCUCUCUCCGCGAGGCCGUUUUCUUGUGAGCUGCGGCUGUUUGUUUGAACGUUCCGUGGUGACUUGUGCAGAGUUGUUCACCAAUUCCCUCAUCACGACCCAUUCAUCUAUAUCACACAGAGUCCGCCACCUCUGAAGGUUAAACCUAGGAGAAGAAAAGGUUUUUUAUUAGAUAGGAGAAGAGUAGAGGAAGAAAAGGUGAUGUGAGAAUCAACUUGUGUUUUAGAGUAGAAAUCUGAAACUUGGAAUGCGAUUCCGUCGAGUUGGUCGUGACGCUGAACAAACUGAACGAGUAGAUUCUUAUUUUACUAAA